AUGGAAUCCACCAUGAACCGUGAAACACAAGAACGCAUGAAAGCUCUGCAGAUGUCUGACUUGGGAUCUGAACGCCGUGAGUUUAUCUCGACGCGUGAGGACAAACGUUACGGACAGCAAUAUUCAUGCGAAGAGCUCGAGGCAUUUCGAGCAUUUCGCAAGCCAAAAACCGCCUCAGGACGUCAGGCCCAGGCUCAUCAGCCUGCACUAACCGCUUGGUCUAGCCUCGCUCAGAAGGUGAAUGACACCGAUAGUCUCGAAAGGCUGGACCCUCUCAUGCACGGCCAAAGCCACCGAGCCCGACUCAUGGAGAAGAUUCAAGAGCAAGGCGGCCAGCAAUAUGGUGAAGGGUACGGCAAAAACAGCCAAUCGAAGCCAGAAAAUCAUCAUCCAUUCUCCCCUGUCUCGUCUGGCCGGGGAGGUGGCAUUAUUGGAACGCGCGGUCGAGGACGUGGUAUUGGGCCUCGUGGAGCUCCUGGUCCAAUCGCUAUGCGCUCGCACUCUGUGGUACUGCCAGCUGGACAUGCGUUGACUAGACAGGACCCGGCGCUGGACUCGAAUAAUGGUGGACCCGUCACACUGGAGAAAAAUCACCGCGGUGCGCGCGGUCGAGGUCCAAGGGGCCAACCUACGAGGCCUACUCCACGACUCCGACGGGCGGCAGCUAUGGAGGAUUAUUCAAAAAACCUGGUAUCCAGCGCUGAAUUCAUGAAAACUGCUCAGGUACAGGGGUACACCAAACCUGAUUCGCAGGUAUCAUUGGGCUACCCGCCUCGAGUUUCGACAUCCCCAGCACGCCGGCAUUCUCCUUCACGAUCCGUGUCUCCUCAUCGACGUUCUGUGACUCUAGCAGGACCGGUUGCUCGACCGCCGCUUCCGCCGCUUUGCCCGAAGGCUGUGAAGCAAGAGAAGCCGGAGCAGCCACAUGUUCCGACCACAACCUUGAAGCCAUUUGCCCCUGUCCCGAAACUAUCUAUUCCUGCAUCAAAUCCCAUUCUCAAGGAUAGCUUUGGACAGCCAGUAUUGCAAGCCAAGAUCCAGAAUACUAUUUGUCCCAUCCCGAAGCCGUCUGUUACUAAGACAAAGCUCGCUCCUAAAGAUAGCCCGCCAGGACCAUCUGAAGAUAUUUUACUCAUUGAAGUCUCAUCAGAAGAUGAAAUCCCCAAGCCUCAGCCCGGGCCUUCCACAAAGGCCUCACCAAAAGUUCCCACUGGAGCUCUCUUGGAUCUGUUGGAUUCUGAAGACAUGCCGGGCCCUGGGCAGUUGACUCCCAACAAAUCCAGACUGAGUGAAGCAGUCGAGCAUCAACUUUCGGGACUUGAACUCAUAAAGACCGUUCCUAUGAAGCUCUCAGAUGCCGAUUAUGAGAAUCUACCCCAGGAAUUACAAACGGUGACUGCUACGGCUACUGGUAUGAUCAAUGGCUUGGAUAUCGUUCCCCCUGGAUCAAAGAAGAGUCAAGCCGGCAGUUUUGUUGAGCAUCGUUCACCCCAGAACAGCUUGUCUUCUGGUGACUCAACCCAGCGAGCGAAGGAAACUCUUCCGGAAGAAAACCUCUCUCCUCGAAAGGCAGGGCCCACUGUCUCAGAACCAUCUCUCAUAGGGUUCGAAAAGCUUCAAAUUUCCGAACCCCCAGGGUUGGAGUUCCUGGCUAAUGAGCCCCAGACUGCUGCUUCGCGGACACAGCAGAAUGAACAGGAUGUGCGUCCUACCCCGAAACAUGGUGGAAUUGGUAUGCUUGCAGAUUCAAUCCACGCCGUCGACGUCAUACACGCUCGAACCAUUGGAGAUGCCCGUACAAUCGGUGUCAAGCCUUCACACACAACCAAGAUCAACAACGAGGUGACCAUCGAAAUUCAACGUGCUAGUCGCAUCCAAUCUCGCAUGCCAUCCGGGAUCUCCACUCCCAUAAAUCAGCCAUCCGGACUUGGUGCAAGCAUUUAUGCCACUGAUCAGAAGUUUGAUGCCGCGUCCACUACCGUGUCUAAGCCUCGACAGGCUUCUUUCAGGUCUCACCAUCGCUUGGCUUAG